AUGUUCCUGAAGAACAACGCGUUGAUAGCAAUUGCCUGUAUUGGACUUUUUGCUCUUUCUGCUACCACAACGAAUCAUGAGAAAACUGUGACCAGUAGAGUUGGUUGGAGAUCGAUUCAAGGGAGAGGAAGAUUCAAGAGGAAUGCUCUUUCCGACAACAUCCAAAUGCUGCUCGACCGCACAUCACCGUUUGCUCGUAUCUCCAAUGGUAUCACCCUCCAAACUGGUCUCAUCAAUGGAUCCAUUAAUUUCGAUGAAGCGAUCGCUGAAAUUCUCAACUUUGGACCCGUCAAGAUGUCAGAUGUCACCGGAUUCAAACCAGACACCGUCGAAGCUCUGAUUGCUAAGCUCACAGAAGCACGUGGAACGAUUGACUCGACUAAGGAGACUCUCGACGCGGAGAAGCAGGUAUUAGCGUUUGAUAAGAUACGGAAGGGGUCGAAUGUUAGUGAGAAGUUGGAAGUCACGAAGGAGAUGCAGGGAUAUUUCACGGAUGUCGCCAGGUUUUCCUCGGAUUUCAAUUUCGAUUCAUUUACGGAACUUGCUGGGAACUUCACAGUUUUUUCUGAUGCACUCGUUCGUAUCCAGAAGAUUCCGGAGAAAAGAAUUCAACAAAAACGCUUUGAAGAGUUAGCAGCAUUCUCGGACGUAAUUUUUCAUUCUGAAAUAAUUCUGAAUAAUAUGGAUGCUGUUAGCGCAGAACUCAAAAAGUACGAGUCCAUUCAAUCUGGAGUUGAGAAGCUGAAGCCAUUCCAAUCUUUCAUUGACAUCAUGAAGAGUCGUGGAAAAUUAGUGGCAUUUGAUAAGGUUCAAUCCAAUCUCAAAACCUUUUUGGAUCUUGUCUCAAUUCACAAAGCUGCUGAGAAUCCUCUGACUAGCAUUAGGAACUUGGUCAUUGCUCGUCUUUUUCCCCUCCGUGCCGAUCGUAAACACACUUCUGGUUUCCCGAAUGGAUACUCUGAUAUCGAAAAGUUAAUGAGCGAUCUUCAAGACUCAAAUCUCCAGAAAACAUUGAAAAGUCCUUUGAAUCAGUUGAAUGAUGGACUGAAGCCACUUCUUAUGAUGCCUUAUAAGAUCACUGAGGUGAAUAAGAAAUUUGAGCCGUUUAAGUCCCCGGGUUUCAUUUGGCAACUGGAAAAUCUUGUAGCCCUUUGGUCGGAAAUCUCAGUUACCAAAGAAGACAGUGAAAACGUUUUUACGGCAUACAAGACUAGUGUCACCGCGAUCCCUAAUACGAUUUUGGAUCCUCUGAAAACAUAUCUCAAUGAAGUCAAACAGUUUUCGACUUCUAUCUCAAUGCUUUCGGAAUUGACAACCGGUUCAGAAGAAUUCAAAAAUGCUCUAAAAGAGUUCAGGUCAAUAUUUAAGUUUGCUGAUAUUAGUACUCCUCAAAAGGAAGAAGAGGAAGGCGUCAUAAAGAACUUAAGAGACAACAAGUCACUGGAAAAGUUCGUGCCGAUUUAUCAGAAGAUGAGUGAGAAAAUCAAGAAUGUGACUGGAAUUGACUACCAAGGCGCUGCUAAGAAUAUCACUCAAACCUCACUUGACACAUUUCUGAAUACUAAGGAGGUCAAUGCUGAGUUGACACAACAAGAUACAAUUCAGAAGCUAGGAGAUAGUGCUGAGCAGGUGUCAAUGGUGAUUCGGAUGAUCUCCCAGUUGAGAGAUUUCAAUAAGGAUCCGAAGCCGGUCAGUGAAUUGAAGACAAUCGUGGCAGCCAUAUCAGAAGUGUCAGCUGAGAUGAAGAAACUUGGAGGCGUGGUUGGAGAGAUGAAGGCGAUGGAUUCAUCAAAGGAAGUUGCUGAGUUGAAUAAAUUCAAGGAUAAUAAUCCCGAGGCGUUCCUGAAGGUGGUGCACGGAAUUCAUAAGGCUUGGGAGUUUUUGAAGGAGAAGAAGUCAUUGGAGAAGUUGCAGCUAGCGGAUGGAGUCUUGAAAACCGAGGUUGGCAAGCUGACAGAUCCAAACUUGAAGAACGAAGUACUGUCAAGUUGGGGAGACUUGAAAACUCUCGAGGAUGGUAUGAAGCAAAUGGAAAGUGUGAAUUCAAAACUGGACAUCUCGAAAAGCAAGUCAAUUCAUGAUGACUCAAAGCUUUUCAAGGAGUUCAAAUCGAUUCGAGAUGUGGCAUUCGAUGGGGUGAACAAGAAGAAGGCGUUGAGUCUCCUGGCUUUGAAUAAUCUCAAUACCCUUAAUGACGCCAAAGAAUCAAUCAAUAAUUUGGAGUCGUUGGAUCUCAAGUUUUCCAAAUUCAAAUCUUCGUUCCCGUCAGCACGAGUGGCUUUUCAAAACUUCUAUAGUGUUCUUGGCUCCUUUUUGAAUCCAGACGUCGAUCUACCAAAUCAGUCGAUUGGGAGUAGUACGGAGGGUGCUGCAGCUGCGGAAAUAGAUUGGCCGAAGUGGGUGAUCAUAUGUUGUGGUGUCGGUCUUGUUAUCAGUCUUGUUUUCGGUGUCGUGGCGUAUAAAAAGGGAUGGUGCCGGAAGCCUCCUCCAAAUGAUGUCGAAGAAGGAGACGAAACAACUCCUCUGGAAUCAAUUACACCAAACAAUGAUGGUGAUAAGCCGAAGAAGGAAGAAGUUGGGGUGCCGAAGGAACCAGAUGGUGGUGAGAAAGAGAAGAAUUCAAAAAUUGAUAAGGGGAAGGACGAGAAGAAUAAGAACGAGAAGACUGAGAUACCGAAAACUGAAGGAACAAAGGAGAAAAGUAAAGAGCAAAAGGUUGAGAUACCAAAGGCUGAAGAAAAGAAGAAUGAUAAAGAGGUGAAGGAAAAGCCCAAGAAUGAGAAAGACAGCAAGUCUUCAAAACCUGUAAAGCCCAAGGACAACACCACAACCGACGCACUCAAGAAAGGGUCAAAGAAUGAUGAAAAAGCUGGUCAAAAAGUAGAAAAAACCAGAACGGAAACGGAAGAUGCGGAAGAGGCGAAGCAAGAUGAAUUGAACCCAACUUUUGUUGUGAAGGACAAAGAAAAACUAGUGAAACACAUGAAGGCUCAUUCUGACUUAGCGCCGGACGACGUUUACAAAAUUGCCUUCAAUAGUCUUGAAGGAGAGAGAAUGAAGAGUAUGAGUCAUGACUUUGUGAAAGAAGCGCAGAAGAUUUUGCCAAAAGAGAAACAACGACAAUUCAAAUACUCUCCCGUCAACAAAAUACGUGUGCCAAAAGACAAGACCACUUCAAAGAGAAUUCCGAUUCAUGCGACAGAAAUGAUUGGACACAAUAAGAGAGUUGUUAUCACUCAGGCACCACAAAAAGGCGAUAAAUCCGGAAUCAUGUUUGACACGUGUGACGAUUAUCUGGAUAUGAUCAUAAAUACCGGAGCAACACUUGGGAUAGUGAUCAUGGAGAUGAAUGAGCUUGAGGAUGAGACGUUCCACAACUAUAUUCCGAAGAAAGUAGGACAGUCUCUUACGAUAGGAAAUCAUCAAAUACGGUUGGAUAGUGAGACAGACGUGUUUCCAGGAUUGAAUGAGAAACAUAUCAUCACUAGAGAACUCCAAAUUACUGAUAAAUCUGGUAAGACUCGCGCGUUGACUCUGUAUCAAUACAUCAUGUGGCCAGCGAAGAACAUUCCGCAAGUCAAUCAUGCUUCGAUUUAUCUCCUGUUCCAGAAAGUGAAAGGGACUGACACACCAGUAAUUGUCCACUCAAUGAAUGGUACUGACCGUGCGAUGGCGUUGGUUGGUAUGUUCAUGACGUUCGAUUAUUUUGCCGAGGCUCCCAAUUCACGCGUGAUGGCGGAUGUUCUUCCCUGGCUUCGCCGUUUUCGUCCGGGUUGUAUCCGUUACAUUUCUAUGAUGAUGUGGCUUCAUAUGGGAAUAACCUACAUCUACAUUAAAGAGCACAUCGAAGUGGAAAACGAUCGACAGGCUGCACUCAAAAAGUACGAGAGGGAUUAUGAGGUUAUGUAUGAAAUGAGAAACAAUCCUGAGAAGAUGCCGGAAAUGGAGAAAGACAGACGGGAAAUUCUGAAGAAAACCACCGAGCAACCGGCAAUUCCUUUCGAGUUUUGA